AGUUAAAAAUCAACACAAAUCUUACAAUACAACUAACCUCUUUCUUGAAUCAUAUGUAUGUGAAAAUAUUUCAUAAAGAGAACUACACUUCUUUAUACGCAUGUAUGACUUUGGUGAGUAGAUUUGGUUUCUAUUUUAUAUGAAGGACUCCAGAUUUCCCUAUUCCAGUUGGAAUUACGUGGCCCAUCACGCUUCCGCCAUCAAACAGCGGGUCUUGAAGAGUGGAUGGAGAACUUCAUCCUGUAUGAAGAACUUGGGGCAGGCAGUAGCUCUGUUGUCUACAAAGGAAGAAGGAAGGGCAAUCUCAACUAUGUAGCUAUCAUCUGCGCCGACAAAGCCAAGAGAACUGCGAUCACUAACCAUGUACGUCUCAGUCAAGAUCUGGAUCAUCCCAACAUAGUAGGCUUCUACGAGUGGUAUGAGACAAGUAACCACCUCUGGUUGGUAGUUGAGCUCUGUACAGGUGGUUCCCUGGAGUCUGUAAUUGGUCAUGAUGGAUGUCUGUCAGAAGAUGUGGUGAGGAGAUUUGGAUGGGACUUGGUCAAAGGACUGAAACACAUCCAUGAAUUAGGAAUCAUUUUCUCUGACUUGACCCCUGCUAAGAUCCUACUGGAUGGUAGUGGCACUCUGAAGUUUGGUAACUUCUGUCUGUCCAAGGCAGACGGAGAGACACUGGAGGAUUUAUUUACCUUGCUCUCUACAUCUGAGGAGGCAGGGGAAGGAGAUACCAAGGAGAACUUUGACAAUACGAGGAAAAGAUUACAUGGUCCUCCAACUUAUAAAGCUCCAGAGGUUUUGCAGGGAUCAGAAACCAAUAUGAUCUCUGAUUUCUGGGCUCUGGGUUGUACACUCUACUACAUGUAUACUGGUACACCUCCAUUCUAUUCUGAUAACUACACAGAAAUGACAGAGAUGAUUUUACAUCAGGAACCACCCUCUCCCAGACAGACAGUGUUUUCAGCCAGUCCUCCCAGUGAAGACUUCCAGAAUCUUCUGAAAGGCUUGCUCAACAAAAACCCAGAUAAGAGGAUGGACUGGCCAGAGUUGUUGGACCACCCUUUCUGGACACAAGUACUAAUGGAGGAAGAGGGAGAAGAGGAAGAGGAGGAUGAAAAACGGGAUCUGGAGGAAAAAAUUAGCUGUGAGGGGGUUGGUUCAGCAAGCUUGAGACAAACAAGGAUCCCUGACCCUUACCCUCCAGGAAAGGCAGACAAGCUUCCCAACAGCCAUUCGGCCAUCACCCAGCCAGCCCAUAGGAUUUCUAAGAAACUAAUAUCAUCACAGACAACAGCUGCAACAACUUAUAGACCAUCUGACAGAAGGACUGAUUGCCAACAAGCUGUCAGACACACAACUUGUGGAGCCUUAUUGAACAGCCAGGGGUUGAAUAGAAAGAUGGGAAAGGCGAGAGGAGAGGAGGAGGCAAAGACAGAACAUAAAUCCAAGCUAACUGGGGCCCAGAUGUUUCACACACUGCAGCCCAAUAAGUCAUUCAUACUAGAUAACGUAUCAGAGCUCAGGCCAAAGAGUGGUAUGGAUGAGGACAACACUGAAGCCAUUUUUCUGCUCAGCUCCUGUGCCAACUCAAGGAGAAGCUGCAGUAUCUCAGACUCUCCGAACCUGACCCCUACGCCUCAGACCAGUACUGGUACUGACAUCAUCUCCUGUGUGAAAGCUCUUCUUCAUACUGACUUUGAUCUGACUGUCACCCCAAUCAUGGACAACCCCAAGAUUCUUAAGAGUCCUCCUGUGCGAUUUGAUCCCAAGAUCCUUUGUGUACCAUCAUAUUCAGUUCAGAAGCUGCAGUCCCUGAGUGAUGAAGAAUGGACUUUCUUCCUGUUACAGCUUUGUUCAUCCCUUGAAGAACAGAACCCCUCUGCUGCUCCUUCUCCUCACUCCACAGCCACUCGCUCCAGACUUAACCUGCUGUGCUACCUCUGCUGUGUGGUUGGACACAAAGUUAUUGCUAACAGGCUGAUGAACUCAACACUGCUUCCAGUAUUGACCCAGCAAUUACGACAAGCUCCUAACUGGGAUGUGCGGAGCAAGGUUCUCAGAGUGAUGGGUCUGCUGGCUCUGCACUGUACUGAACUGGGAGAGGACAGUCUUGUUUCUGAGGCUGUGUCCACAUUGAUAGACCUGUUGAGAGAUAACCUGAAGAAUAAUAAAAUAAAACAGUUCCUGCUGCCACCACUCGGGGAGAUGCUCUACCUCAUCGCCUCUCAGGAGGAGAAGAGAGGCUCCCCAGAGGGACUGUGGUUCGUUCCCGCUGCCGCCUACACUGGCUUAAUGAGGAGCCUGCGGGAAGGGGAUGAUUCCAUAGUUCAUCACAUGGCUGCAAAGGCCAUAGAGAACAUCUCCACCGCUGUCUCUGCCCCCUCCCACCACCUGGUUACCACAGAGAUAGGCUCCGCCCUGUGGUACCUGUUCACUCACUCCACUGUGGAGGCUGUCCGAGUCACUGCCAUCUCCGCUCUUUCAAGGCUAACCCGGGUUGUCCCAGCAGUCUUCUUGGCAGUGAUUGACACCUGUGGCCCUGCGGCCAUCUUGGAGGGCGUGGGUGGAGCAGGGGCAAGGGUCCAGCAGCACCUCCUCACUGCUAUGGCCACUGCCCUACUCACCUCACGCAUCCAAACACACCGAGUCACACAGAGCAAGGAUUUGGUCUUGAAGGUGCUGCGCUGUCUAGAGAGUCCAUCUACAGUAACAAGAGCCAAAGCAUUACUACUACUACUGCUACUCAUACAGGACAACACACACACUCUGCUAUACUGCUGUCAGCACAGACUUGUGAUGCACCUGGAGAGAGACCUGCGCAAAGCCACUCCCCUCAGAGAGAACCCCAGCCAAUCAGGCUAUCUGUCUCAGUGUCUGGAUUUACUGAUUGUAUAUCUGAGUAGCACUGCACCACUGAUACUGGAGGAUGUCUUAUGUGCAUUACAAAGUGUGGUCGGGAGGAGACACCCAUCUACAGCUCAGAGCAGACAGCUUAAACACACUUUGCCUACAAUAUCUGUAGUGCUGGAACUUCUUUCCACCCAGGUCUUUAGAUGUCAAAUUGUAACUGAAGAGCUUCUAGCUCAAAUUGGAUUGCUGCUGAACUAUAUCACCUCUAUAGAGUCCAAUGAAACAAAUCUGGCCAGCGCUUUGGGUGCCGCAGUAUGUGAGGAGUUGAUUAGGACAUCUCUGUCCAUUGUGGAAGUCUUAAGUCAGCACCAUACUCUCAUCACUCCACAUCGUAGUGCUGUUGUGGAUGCCAUCCUGCCCCCUCUGACAACACUGGCUUUUAGCAGAAGUGUGGAGUGGUCUGUGUUUGUUCUGAGGGUGCUGUCCGAACUCAGUCUUGUCCUGCUGGUCCAGGAGACUGAUGGAACUGCGGAAGAUGAGGAGACGGAGGAAAAUAAAGAGAGAAGAGAGGAAGGAGAAAGGACAGCAGAAGGAAGAGAUGAUGGAAGUUCCUGUAAUCAGAUCUUAGCUCUCGUCACUAAAUCUCUGCUUCCAAGGUAUGAGUCUCUUCUUCAAGCAGCAGAGCCUAUCCCACUCUAUGCACUCAAACUGCUGGUAUCGAUGACUGAACACAGCAUGCAGAUCUGCAGGUUGAUCAAACACAGUAAGAUCCUACCAACGGUCUUUCAACUCAUUAUGGCCAACAGUAGUAAUGUUACCAGUGGGAUGGUCCAAAAUGUUAUUGCCUUGCUGUGUAAUCUUAGUGGAGACACAGUCUUGGACCUGGAGCCACUAUACCAACAAGGCCUAAUAGAGGUGGUGGUAAGCACCCUCUCAGAGGCUGCACUAGUCCACCUGGAUGGAGAGGGGCAUGCUGGGAGGAAGAUCAGCCAUCUAGUGUUACAAGCCCUUCUGGAACUGCUUCACAACAUCCUAAAACAAACAUCUGUUGUUGUCCGCUCAGCACUGCAGAGCCAGAGGCUAUCUUGUCCAGCAGUGGAGAUGGAGGCAGCAGAGAAGCUGCUCCUAGAAAACAGACCCCUGAGCCAACUCAGCACACACCUCAUUCACAUGCUGUCCACUGAAAACCAGGAUGUUUGGGAGGAGUCUAUUCAGUGUCUGUCCCUACUGGUCCAGCUGUAUGGAGGAGAGGGUUAUGACUGUCUGUCACCUUCCUGUUUGCAAAGCUUUUCACAUGUGCUGCGCACACACAUGCACACCGAGAUCCCCCGAAGCCAACGCACAACACUUAGGAUCAUCAAACGACUGGUGCAGACUACAGAGCAGUCUGAUUGGUUAGAAUGUCCUGAAGGGGUGGAGCUAAUUGGUUUACUGCAGGACAUAACUACAUCCAACAGGUGUCAUGUCGAUGUGGUUCCACUGGCUGUUGAAAUCCUCCAGGUGAUCUCUGGAUCCUAAAAGCUUUAAAUCAUCAAACCUGAGGGCAAACCAGAAUCAUCCAAUAUUUCACCAUUUCAGAACUUUAAAGAUACUUAUGAUUGGUAGUCUGCUUUUAGAAUGUUUCUUUCUUCGGGUAACCUUUUUAUGCAUAAUCAGCUAGAGGAUUGUUCUUUUAAAAUGUCAGUUUUGGAAUAAAAUGUCUUUCGACAUUAA